AUGUCUGAAGUAGAAAGAAAUUGUGAAUCCCAAGGCUUCAAGGAUUUCAUGAAUGAGAGCAAGUUGAUGGAUCUUUUGAACAGCUCUGACUAUGUCCCGACCUAUGAAGACAGGGAUGGCAACUGGAUGCUUGUCGGUGAUGUCCCAUGGGAGAUGUUUGUUGAAUCAUGCAAGCGCUUACGUAUCAUGAAAGGAAAGGAAGCUAUUGGACUGGCACCAAGAGCCGUGGAGAAAUGCAAGAACAGGAGCUAGACUAGAAGUUACGAGUCCAUAACCUGCUCCAUUGUCAGUGAUGCCCAGUUGACUUAGUAAUUGAAGCAAGGUUAAGCUGCAGCAGACACAGAUGGA